AUGUCGACAAAACAGGUUUUGUCAGUUAUUGCUCUUCUUGCCAGCUACGGCCUGGCGACCCCGGCCCCCUUCCCAGCCAGGGGUAACCACCACGCCCCCGAAGGCUUCAAGCCGGGCUCCGGCUUUCGACCCUCCGGUGCCGUCCCAUCAGUGCCCACAAGUACCCCCGAUCCCGUUACUCCCGAUCCCGCCUCGAACCCUCUCCAGCCCGCAGCGAGCGGCACCCCAGGCAAGGGCAACAGCACCGGCGGCGGCCCCACCCUACCCGCCGGCUACAAGAAGAUCGUCUUCCAGGACGACUUCUCGACACAGAAGGCCGGCGCUCUACCCGAUUCAGCAAAGUGGAAGUUCGACCUCGGCACGAGUUACCCCGGCGGCGCUGCGAACUGGGGCACGCAGGAGAUCCAGACGUACACCAAGGACCCCAAGAACAUCGGCAUCACCUCCAGCGGCACGCUGGCAAUCACGCCUAUCAAGAGCGGCGAGUCCUGGACGUCGUCCCGUAUUGAGACCACCGCCGCGCAGGACUUCAAGUGCCCCGAGGGCGGCAAGCUGCGCAUGGAGGCGAGCAUCAAGGUCCCGGCCUCGGAUCCCGCAACGCAAGCCGGCAUCUGGCCCGCCUUCUGGUCCAUGGGAUCCUCCUUCCGCGAGAACGUCACCUCCUGGCCCAGUGUCGGCGAGAUCGACAUGCUCGAAGUGUCCAACGGCGUCGGCACUGUGUUCCAGACCGCCCACUGCGGUGUCAUCGACGGCGGCCCGUGUAACGAGAAGACUGGUAUCAGCUCCAGCGCCGAGUUCCCCCGUGGGCAGUUUGUGAAGGUUGCGUGUGAGGUGGACCGCUCCGCGGGCGGCAGCUUCCAGCAGGAGAAGCUGGUGUGGUACGUCAACGACAAGCCGACCCAGACGGUCACCGGCCAGCAGAUCGGCGAUGCGACGUACUGGAAUAACCUGGCUCGCACACCCAAGAUGAUCUUGCUUAACGUUGCCAUCGGUGGCGAGUUCCCCGAUGCCAAGGCUGGUACCAAGACACCCAAUGCGCAGACUGUCGGCGGCGAGAAGUCCAUGAUGGAAGUCAAGUAUGUUGCUGUUUACAGCACAUAA